CUUUGCUUUCGCUGGUGUUCGAGAUCAUGAGCGCGGCGAAUGGCUGAGCUGGGUAAGACCCGCAACGGAACGACUUUGUGCAACUGCAGCUGACCGACGGCCUCCACAACUUUGUCCAUUGCUCAUCCCCGCCGCCGGGUCCCGCCGACAGUCGGCGUUAUCUCGGCGGCCCGGCCCGGAUUGGCCACACAACCUCUUCAACUCGGAUGCCUUCUGGCAAGCUGCUGUGUAGCAUGGCACCCCCUUUUAAUCAAUGGCUCAGACGAAAGUUUCGAUCAAGUAACCAUGAGGGUGCACGCGGAGACGAUGAGAGCGGUUACGAUGAGAUUUUACAGCCGCCGCCCUUUCGUGACGAGUGGCCCAUGAUACCAGCAUGCACCACGGGGUAUCUCGUUCAACCAGGCUACGGACCGUUUCAACACCUACCGUUGGAGAUCCGGCAACAGAUUCUAGGCCACGCAUUUGGGAACCGAACCUUGCACGUUGACUUGACCUUUGACCACCCGCUCAUUCGCCGACCAGGGGAUUCUCGUCACAAACAGGCCGUCAAAUCCGCAUUGGCCUCGCAUCUAGCACGCCCAAAUGCGUCAUCCGGUAUUCCCCAUUGCGGGUUUGGAGCUCAUCUCACCCGCGAUACCCGGAAGCCAAAGCAAUGGCAGUGGUUUAGCUGCGUGUGCCAUCGUCACGUAGUCCGUGCGGAGGGAGAUGAUGAGCCAUCAGGGCGGAAGCCGAGGAUUGAACCCCACGAGGAUGGUUGCAUUCCCGGCGAGCGCGUUGGAAAGCGAGCCGGCCACUCCCCGCGAGCGCCAACCCUUUGCCGGUGCGAGUCUACCGAAGACAGUCCAACAUCGGCCGAUGCAUGUUUCAUCGGUGUCAUGGGCUGGCUGCUGGCGUGUCGACAGGCGUACUGCGACGGCACAGAUAUCCUGUACCGAACCAACACAUUCCACAUCUCCAGUCUCCCUCUCCUGCUCGACCUUCCCCGCCUCAUGCCACCGCAUCACCUCGCCGUCAUAACCUCCGCCGAGCUGCUCUGGACUUUCACCAACCCAGAUCUCCUCAACGACGAAACCAUGGCCCAACUAUGGCAGAACUACACCCAAGCCCCCAGAAUCUCCACCCUUCCGGACCGCUCCUCCCCCACCACCAGCCCAUCGUCCCACCCAGAACCCACCCACCCAACUAAACUCCACCGCCUCAGCGCCCAGCUCCCGGCAGCUCUCCCGAGCGUCCGACGCCUCUACAUCGCCCUACAAGCGCACCUACCACCGCCACAGCCCGCAGCCCUCCCCCCUCCAACAUACACCAACACCAACACCAACACCGGCACUGACACCCCCACACCCACAACCACUGCCACUCACCCCAACCCCAACCCCAACCCCCACAACGGCACCGACACAACCCCCAUCCUAACCGCCAUCGAGCACGCCGUCCUCAGCCCCAUCGAAACCGCCUUCCGCCGCCUAGGCCUCAGGCCCGACAAGGAAUUCAGCCUGGCAGUGCAGCGCGGCGGGUGGGAGGUGCUAGCGGACUGGCUGGAGAGGAGGCGCGAGCCUGGUCGUGGGGGGGUGGUUGGGCGGCGGGUGUUUGAGGUUUUUGGUGAUGAGGGGGGUGGCGGUGGGGGUUCGUACAGGGAGAGGGUGUGGAAGCCGCUCUCGGUCUCGGUUGUGGGGGGCGAGGAUGGGGAGGACGGGGAUGGGGCCGGGUAUUGGUUGUGUCAGGGGUGGGAUGACUUUGAGGUUUUUGGGGCGGAGUAUUGGAUGUUUGAUCUGUGGGGGACGGGGGUGGGGAGGUGA